CAGUGUUGGAUUGAUGCAGUGUUGGAUUGUUUGAACAGGUUGAAUCAUGACCUCUUUUAACUGAAUAAAAGUGAAGACGCUUUACCCCGAGGGUGUGUAGGUGGGAGCGCUGUGUACUAGUGAAGUGACCAGAUGAAAUGUUUACUGUGGAAAGCUGUUUCACCUCGAAGGGAAUGGCCGGCGCUGCAGAAACGUGGCUGCUGGCUUAUUCUGUGUGGAUGGAGUCUUGCGGAAGCCCACUUAAUAAAGAGAAGGAGCGCAUGAAGGAGAGGGAGAAGGAGGCGAGGGAGAGGGAGGCACGCUACACCAACGGACACCUCUUCACCUCGAUCACGGUGUCUGGAACCACGCUGUGCUCCGCAUGCAACAAGAGCAUCACUGCCAAGGAGGCGCUGAGCUGCCCUAGUGAGUGACACCCAGCGCGUGUGUGUUUCAGU